AUGGACUCGACCACAGUGUAUUGUAUACCGACACCCCCAGCUCCAUCUAUUCCUCCACCUUCUACGGACUCGUAUGACAACCACCGCUAUCAAUACACUCCCCUCGUCAUCGACAACGGCUCGACCACUCUUCGUUGGGGUUUCGCAACAUCAUCAAAUCCAGCUUCGGGUCCUAACAUCAUCGCAAAAUACAAAGACCGUAAAAGCAACAGACCGUUACUUUUGUUUGGUGAUGCAGUCGAAGUGGAGGGGGGAGCAAAAGCUCAGGGAAGGACACCAUGGGAAGGGGAUGUAUUACUCAACUUCGACGCUCUGGAAAACGCGCUAGAUUACGCGUUCAUAAACCUUGGAAUCGACACGAACACCGUUAACCAUCCCGUGCUUAUGACAGAGAGAUCAUGUUCGCCGCUUCAUUCAAGAGCUUUAACGUCUGAGCUCAUGUUCGAACAAUACUGUGUACCAUCAUUAACAUAUUGCGUUGAUGGAGUAAUGUCAUUCUACUACAACAAUUUGCCACCUACGAACAGCCCAUUCACUUCUGACGGGAUAGUCAUCUCUUUCAAUACCGCGUCCACGUCCGUCAUUCCUAUUCUGCACGGGAGAGGUCUCAUGAGCCACGCAAAGAGAAUACCAUGGGGUGCAUCACAGUCUUCCGAAUAUCUCCUCAAACUGAUCCAGCUCAAAUAUGCCAACUUUCCUACCCGUGUCACGUCAUCUCAGGCGAAUUGGAUGUUACGAAACUUCUGCGAAGUCUCCGAAGACUACACGGCGCUCAUCCGUACAUUCAAAGACCCAAACGCUCUACGCGCAUCCGAAAAAAUCAUUCAGUUUCCGUUUACGGUUCCUGUCACGGACGAGAGAACAGAGGAAGAGUUGGCGCGGGCUUCUGAAAAACGGAAGGAACAGGGACGAAAGUUGCAGGAAUUGGCGGCGAAGACUAGGAUGGAGAAGUUAGCACAAAAGGAAAUCGACUAUCAAUACCUUCUUGAUAUUAAAGAGUCCAGGGGAGAUCUUGGUAAGAGAGACUGGCAGAACAAACUGCUUGCUGAGGGCUUUGACGAUGAAACAACGCUCGACGAAACCUUGAAGAAGCUGGACAACGAUCUCAAACGUGCUAGAAAGAAGGAAGCAGCACUCGGUGGGGAUGAUGCUCAAGAGGAAGAACCGCCUUCGUUUCCUUUAGCAGAUGUUCCGGAUGAUCAGCUCGACGAAGAAGGUCUUAAAGAGAAGAAGAAGCAAAAACUUCUCCGUGCUGGGUUUGAAGCCCGCGCCCGAGCUCGAAAAGAAAAAGAGAGAGAGAAAGAGGAGAGGCAGAGAGAAGAAAAGCGAGAGGAAGAAGAGCGAGAGGCGGAUCCGGGAGCUUGGGCGCGAAAGAUGAAGCAAGAACAAGAGACACUGAUGGCCCGGAUAAAAGGCAGGCAAAGAAGAAGAGCUGCAUUGAGCGAUAGGAAGAGCGCUGCUGCUCAGGCGAGAAUGAAAAGUAUUGCCAAUCUAGCGUCUGAUGAGCGUGUGCCCAAGAAGAAGCGGAAAGGCGUAGGAGAGGACACGUUUGGUGCGGAUGAUGCAGAUUGGGCGAUCUAUCGCAAGAUAAAUACUGCUGCCGCUUCCUCUGAUGAAGAGGAAGAUCUCAGUCAACUUAGCCUUGUCGAGCAGAAACUGUUACAAUACGAUCCUAGCUUCACAAAUCAACACACCUACGCCCACUUGAAUUCACAACGGUCGGCACUGUUGACUGCUUUUAGGCCAAUCUACGAAGAAGGCGAUGUCGAAGGUCAUUCUAGGAUACAUCUAAACACUGAACGCUGGCGUGUCUGUGAAACUUGGUUCUCACCUGGAAUCGCUGGCGUCGAUUCUGCAGGCAUAGGAGAGGUCAUUCACAAUAUCCUUUCUCGGUUUGAUAACGAACAGAAAGGUCGACUCGUCAACAAUAUCAUGAUAACGGGAACUCCGUCUCGCAUCCCAGGCAUUUUAAGCCGACUCCACCGUACUUUGCGCCCGAUAUUACCGCCUGAGAUGCCUAUCGGAAUAAGGAGCGCUGAGGAUCCGUCAAAUGAUGGGUGGAGAGGGAUGGCAAAGUUUAGUCUUACAGAUGAGUUUGCCAAUGUAGGUGUUACCAAAGCAGAAUAUGAAGAGUAUGGUGGAGAGAGAAUCAAGAGAUGGUGGGGAGGUAACUGGAACGGAUCGUAUUCGUCCAAUUUUGACGGUAAUGUUGAUAUGGCGUAA